UCUUUCUUUUGGUUAGCUGAAAUCAACUUUACCAUUCUUCAAUAUACACACACAGACACACAGUAGACAGCAUUCCUUUCACUUUUUUUCCACUGUUCUCACUCUCAAAAGUCUAACCUUUCACACUCUCACUUUCUCUUAAGCUCCAUUACUUAGCUUUCUUGGUUUUCUGGUAAAGUCUUUGAGACUCCCUUUUUUUGAGUUUUUUUUUGCCUUUUCUUGUUUUUUUGUUUGUAAUAAUGCAAUCUUUUUUGCGUUUGUGUAGUUUGUGUUGAGCUCAAUUACUAGCUUUCUUGGUUUUUUGGUGUAUAAUAUAGACACCCUUCUUCAUUUUUUUUGGAGUUUCUUGGAUUUUUGUUUGUAAUAAUGCAAUCUUUUUUGUGUUUCUUGUGUUGAGCUCAAUUUACUAGCUUUCUUGGUUUUUUGGUUUACAAUAUAGCCACCCUUUUUCAUUUUUGGGAGUUUCUUGUUUUUUUGUUUGUAAAAAUUGAGUCUUUUUUUGUGUUUGUGUAUUUUGUGCUAAGCUCAAUUACUAGAUUUCUUGGUUUUUUUGGUGUACAUUAAGCCUUUGAGACAUCCUUUUGUGUUUUUUGGGUUUUCUUGGUUUGUUGGUGUACAAAGUUUAAGUCUUUGAGACACCCAUUUUGUGUUUUUGCAUUUUCUUUGUCUUUUGUUUGUAAAGAUGCAAUCUUUUUUGUGUUUGUGUAUGUUCUUGAUUCUAUGUAGUUAUUGUGUUUUAGUGAGUUCUUUGAAUGACGAAGGGAUAGCUCUUUGGUCAUUCAAAAAGGGUAUUGGACAAGACCCUGAAGGGUCAUUGAGAAAUUGGAAUUAUUCUGAUGAAACCCCAUGUUCUUGGAAUGGUGUUACAUGUAAAGACUUAAAAGUUGUAUCUGUUAGUAUACCGAAAAAGAAACUCACUGGGUUUCUUUCUGCUAGUCUUGGAUCUUUAACUGAGCUUAGGCAUGUUAAUUUGAGGAGUAAUUUGUUUUCUGGUAGUUUACCUGUCGAGCUUUUCGAAGUUCAAGGUUUACAAAGUUUGGUUCUUUAUGGAAAUUCCUUUUCUGGGGUUGUCCCUUUCGAGGUUGGAAAGUUAAGUUACCUUCAAACUUUGGAUUUAUCGCAAAAUUUCUUGAAUGGGUCUGUGCCUAUAACAUUGUUGAAUUGUAAGAGGUUGAAGUUUCUUGAUUUGAGUCAGAAUAAUUUUACUGGUUUGUUGCCCGAGGGGUUAGGGGGAAACUUGUCCGCGCUGGAGAAACUUGAUCUUGCAUUCAACAAAUUUGAUGGUCCUAUACCAAGUGAUUUGGGAAAUUUGUCGAAUUUGCAAGGAACUGUUGAUUUGAGUCAUAAUUUGUUUAAUGGUUCGAUUCCGCCUAGUCUUGGUAAUCUACCAGAGAAGGUGUAUAUCGAUUUAACUUAUAACAAUUUGAGUGGUCCAAUUCCACAAAAUGGUGCUUUGAUUAAUAGAGGACCUACUGCUUUUAUUGGAAAUCUUGGGCUUUGUGGACCUCCGUUGAAAAAUCCGUGUUCCUCCGAGGCGAGUUCACCGUCAUUGGAACCUUUCUUACCUAAUAACUUACCUCCCUUAGAUGGUGGUGGAGGAGAUGGGAAUGCUAGAGGUCUGAGUAGAGGUGCUGUAAUUGCGAUAAUCGUGGGGGAUGUGGUUGGAAUUUGCGUUAUUGGGUUGUUAUUCUCAUAUUGUUAUUCGAGAAUCUGUGCCUGUGGUAGGAAAAAGGAUGAGUCCGGCUUUGGUUUUCGGAAGGGGGGAGGGAAAGGAAGGAAAGAGUGUUUAUGUUUUAGGAAGGAUGAGUCUGAGACGUUAUCGGAAAAUGUUGAACAAUAUGAUCUAGUGGCACUUGAUAGUCAAGUGGCUUUUGAUCUCGAUGAACUUCUCAAGGCAUCUGCUUUUGUCCUUGGUAAAAGUGGUAUCGGCAUCGUGUACAAAGUUGUGCUUGAAGACGGGCUUAACUUGGCCGUGAGGAGACUAGGCGAGGGUGGUUCCCAAAGAUUUAAGGAAUUUCAGACAGAGGUCGAAGCAAUUGGAAAACUGAGACAUCAAAAUAUCGUGACUCUUCGUGCCUAUUAUUGGUCUGUCGAUGAGAAGCUACUGAUAUAUGACUUCAUUCCAAAUGGAAACCUUGCCACUGCAAUUCAUGGAAAACCUGGUAUGGUAUCGUUUACACCUCUUCCGUGGUCCAUUCGACUGAAAAUAAUGAAGGGAACUGCAAAAGGGCUGGUUUAUUUACACGAGUAUAGUCCCAAGAAAUAUGUUCAUGGUGAUCUAAAGCCAUCGAAUAUAUUACUUGGGCACGACAUGGAACCCAAAAUCUCCGACUUUGGACUUGGACGUCUUGCUAAUAUAGCUGGAGCAUACCCGGCACUGCAAUCCAACCACAUGACCACUGAGAAACCACAACAAAGUAAGCAAGGCAGUGCACCAUCGGAGUCGGGCACAGUUACGUCAACUACAACUUCUGGUUCUUGCUACCAAGCCCCCGAGGCGUUGAAAGUGGUUAAACCAUCACAGAAAUGGGAUGUUUACUCAUAUGGAGUGAUCUUGCUGGAAAUGAUAACGGGAAGAACCCCGAUUAUCCAAGUAGGCUCUACUGAAAUGGAUCUAGUGAACUGGAUUCACUGGUGCAUUGAAGAGAAGAAACCACUUUCGGAUGUAUUGGACCCGUAUUUAGCUCAAGAAGCUGAUAAAGAAGAGGAAAUGAUCGCGGUUUUGAAGAUUGCAAUGGCGUGUGUCCACAGCAGCCCGGAGAGGAGACCUGCAAUGAGACACAUAUCUGAUGCAUUAGAAAGACUGCCAGCUUCCUCUGAAUGAACUAUCGAACAAUGCCCCGUGUCACAUUCACAUUGCAGAGGGAUUGCAGCAUCUAAUCGAUAACUAUGGAAAACGUUCACUGAUUGGCGCGACGAGACUCUGCAGAAAUAUUUAUUGACUAGCAGUAGUAAUCUCCAUUUGUUUCUUGUUUGUUAAUGUUCAAGAAUAUUGGCUUCUUGCUCUAAUUGCAGCCUUUUUUGUUGUCUACUUAUUGUUCCUUGUAUUGAUCAAGAACAUAAAUUACUGUUCUGUCUUUAUUAA